AUGGAACGAAAAGAGAAUAGUGGCGGGGGACCGUCUUUGAUAUGGGAAAACAUAACUGUAGUGGCAGCAGAAAACAAGAAAAGUAUUGGUAAAGCUGAAUCAUCAUCAAGGAAACUGCUAAACGAGAUAAGUGGCUAUGCUGAACCCAAUCGGAUUAUGGCUCUCAUGGGUCCUUCUGGCACUGGAAAAUCUACUCUACUUGAUGCAUUUGCUGGACGACUAUCUGCAAAUGUUAGAAUGGCCGGCGACGUUAUAGUUAAAGGAAAGAAGUUGGGGACUGGAAAUUGUGGAGGCAUUUCAUAUCUCAAUCAAGAGGAUGUUUUCUUGGGGACUCUCACCGUCAGAGAAACCAUAACUUAUUCUGCAAAUUUGAGGAUUUCAUAUAAAAUGAGUAACGAAGAAAUAAAAGAGUUGGUAGAAAAAACAAUUACUCAGAUGGGACUUGAACAUUGUGCCGACAACAAGAUCGGAAACUGGCAUUUGAGAGGCAUUAGUAAUGGAGAAAAGAGGAGGCUAAGCCUAAGUUUGGAGAUUUUAAGUCAACCCCAUAUUAUGCUUCUUGAUGAACCUACGACUGGACUGGAUAGUGCUUCUGCUUUCUUUGUGAUUUGGGCUCUAACCAAUAUUGCUCGUGAGGGGAGGAUUGUCAUUUGCUCUAUUCACCAGCCGAGUGGUUAUCUCUUUGAUCUAUUUGAUGAUCUGUGCCUCCUAUCUAGUGGAGAAGCUGUUUACUUUGGAGAAGCAAAGUUGGCCGUUAAGGGAACUACAACGUCACACUCUCCAGUGAAUUUGACCAUGAAAGACAUAAGAGCGAUUCUCAUCCAGAAGUACAAGAGUUCUGUGUACGCAACACUUGCAAGAAACAAGAUCGAGCAAAUUAAAUUCACGGAAGAAGAGAUUCGCCUAUCAAAAAAGAGCAAUGCGAGCUGGUUGAAGCAAGUUUACACAUUAACAGAUCGUUCUUUUGUGAACAUGAAAAGAGACGUAUCAUAUUACUGGAUAAGAAUUCUAUUCUACCUCGGCGUAGGAGUCACUACAGGAAGCAUCUACUUCGAAAUCGACACGUCUUAUGUGGCCAUCAUUGCAAGAGCCAAAUGCCAAGCCUUUGUGUACGGCUUCAUGCUUUGCGCAUCCAUCGGAGGCUUACCUUCUAUCAUCGAGGAACUCAAGGUUUGCAAUCGUGAAAGAUUCAAUAAGCAUUAUGGGGCAACCGUAGUAGUGAUAUCGAACUUCCUUUCCUCGUUGCCGUUCUUGGUGGCAAUGGCUCUUUUUUCGGGAACCAUAAUCUAUGAAAUGGUUAAAUUGCGUCCAGGAUUUUCCCACUACUUCUAUUUUUGCAUAAAUCUCUUCUGCUGCAUUUCUAUAACGGAAUGUUGCAUGAUGGUUGUUGCAUAUUUGGUGCCCAACGUCUUGAUGGGCAUAGGAAUUGGAAUUAGUCUAAUUGUGUUUAUGAUGAUGGCAUCUGAAAUAUUUAGACCACUUUCUGAUCUUCCCAAGUUCUUUUGGCGCUAUCCCAUGUCUUACAUAAGCUUCGCAUCGUGGGCAUUACAGGGUGUUUAUAAGAAUGAUGUGAUUGGUCUAGAGUUCGAUCCACUUGUUCCUGGGGAUCCGAAGCUAAAGGGUGAGAUGGUUCUGGAAACAAUGUAUGGAAUACCAUUGGAUCAUUCCAAGUGGUGGGAUUUGGCUGCUUUGAUUUGCUUAUUAAUAUUCCACAGAUUACUCUUCUUUUUGGUACUGAAGUACAAGGAGAAAAUAUCAUUGUGGUUUAAGUACAAGUACUAUUCAAACACAACUUUGCAACAAGUAUUCAGGAGAUCUUCAUCACUAAUAAGAAAGCGAUUUUCACUGUCCAAAACAAGCCAACCUCUCCAUUCAUUAUCUUCUCAACUAGGUCUUACAUCUGACAUAUCUAAUUACUUAUUUGGUUUUCAUGAGUUUAUUGAUCCAUUUGCAAACAAUAUAUAGAUGGAUCACACUCCUUUUUCUUGGUUUUCUUCAAGGAAAUAAAUUGCAACUUUCUACAUAAGAUAUGUGUACAACAUACCAAUUAAUGCCUAGUAGACUAUUUGUGAUAGAUUAAAGGAUUUUGUAAUACUAUGAUCUUAUUGGCGCUACAUUUAAUUUGAGUACUUGUUGUG